AUGGCCGCUCCUCGACUCUACAAUAACUCGGGCUAUUUGCCUAACGGAGCUACGAACCUACCUCCCGGCGCUGCCCUCCUGCCGAACCAGGGCCGAAUCAUUCAGACUGGUCCUAUCCGAGUUCUCUGCAUAGCGGAUGUUCGAGGAAACCUGCGUUCCCUCAACGACCUCGCGAAGCAAGCCCGCGCCGAUCAUAUCAUCCAUACUGGCGACUUUGGCUUUUACGAUGCCACCUCUCUGGAAAGAAUUGCCGAAAAGACCUUGAAGCAUGUCGCCCAGUAUUCCCCGUUGAUCUCCGAUGGCCUUCCUCUUCUGCUCAGUGGUGAGGUGAAGCUCGACGUGCCCGUGUACACCGUGUGGGGAGCCUGCGAGGAUGUCCGUGUAUUGGAAAGGUUCCGAUCCGGCGAGUACAAGGUGCCCAACCUCCACAUCAUUGACGAGGCGCGGUCUAUGCUUCUAGAGAUUGGGGGUGUCAAACUAAGGCUGCUGGGCCUUGGCGGCGCCGUUGUCAUGCACAAGCUCUUUGACAAUGGUGAAGGCCGCACCACCAUCGCUGGUGGCCAGGGAACCAUGUGGACGACGCUGCUUCAGAUGGGUGAGCUGAUUGAUACUGCCAAUCGUGUUUACGACCCAACCGAAACCAGGAUUUUCGUUACUCAUGCCUCCCCUGCCCGUGAGGGUAUCCUCAACCAGCUUUCCGUCACCCUCAAGGCCGACUUUUCCAUCUCUGCUGGCUUGCACUUCCGAUAUGGAAGCUCGUACAACGAGUUCAGCGUGAACCCUACCUUAGAUCACUACCGCGGCAAACUUGCUGCCUCAAAAGCCUCAUUCAACGAUGUUUGGGAAACCGUCAAAGGCGAGGUUGAGCCCGCAAUCCAGCAGAAUGAAGCCCAGCAAAACCUUCUAAAGAACGCGCUACAGAUCGUGGAGAAGAUGCCCACGACCGCGGCGGGUGGCAAUCCUUUCGGAGGCCCGGUUGCCGGCCAAACCGCACUUGGCCAGGUUGACGAGAGUGCCUUUAAGAACAUGUGGAACUUCAACCUCGCCGACGCCGCCUUCGGCUGGCUAGUCCUUGAGAUCCAAGACGGUCGGAUUGGUACUGAGAUGCGCGCCCAGGGCUUCAACUUUGCCCAUCGUGGAUCUAAACAGCCUUCAGCCAACCCUGCUGUGCAGCCCGCCGCGGCUCCUCCAUCCCCUGUCCCCGCGGCUAAAGAGGCGGAGAAGCAGGCCCCCGCCGCGAACGGAUCUACUCCUGCCCCCGAAACCUCUGCUUCUCCAGCACCCAAAACUCCAGCUCAAGAUAUCGUCGGCCUUUUCAUUAUGAACGUCAACUCUGACGAGCAGGCUCGCGAGCUAUUUGCUGACGAAGACAGGGUUAAAAUCCUAAAGGUCGAGAAAUGGGGUGCGUCAAACAAGGUCGUGCAGUUCAAGACAAUCGAGGACCGCGACGCCGCCAUGGCACGACUUCCUGAUGACGUAAAGAACCGAACUCAAGAGGAUCGGUCUAAGCCCCUUGUCAAGAUCUUCCAACACCGCGAGUCGAAGCCUUUUGCUAGGGGUGGUGGUGCCGGGAACUGGGGCAGCAGUACCCGUGGUGGCUCUUCCAACUCUGGCAGUGGCUACCGAAGUGCUGGCGGCGGUGCCAGCGAUUCGGAGAGCAACAGGCGUGGUGGUAGGGGGUCGUGGCCGCGGCGACCGGGGCCGCGGUGGGAGAGGCCGCGGUUUGAAGGACGGCGGGGCUUCAUCUCCCGCUACGUCUUCCGCCACACCCGGUCCCGACUCCUAGAUGUCGAAUAA